AUGGAACAAGUCCAUGGCGUCGACGUCAAUAAAUUCAACAAGACAGUCUUCGCGCCCGCAAAAUCCCCCGUUGCGACUGUGCAACCACGAAGCGUCCCCAGCAAUUCCCCGCCCAAGCUGAGCCCUUCCUCAACCGCAGAGAAGGCCGAGGCCAAGCCUGAGGUCAAUGGAAAGCCUGAAGCCAACGGGAAACCCGCCGGCCAAACACAGCCAAUUCCCGUCAAUGGCUCAAGCAACGCCCGGCGUCUCUCGCGAUCGGGCUCAAUUGAAAAGAACAGUUCCAGCGCGACACCGCCUCACCGACGUAACUCAUGGUUCUCCAACAUCUCGGCCAAAUUUUCAAGCUCAGCAGCUCCCCAAGCAAAUGGAAAUGGGAAUGUACUAGGCCAUACUCAACAUCAACAGUCCCAGCAGCCGCCGCCUCCGCAACAACAACAGCAACAACAACCGGCGCCUUCAACAAGCCCGGAUCCUCCCGUGCCCAAGAUUACGCCAACCAAGAACGCUGUUCUCCAGCAUGGACUCAAGCCGGAAGGAGAUGAACCGUACACGCCCGCCCCACCGAAAUCCGGUCAGGCUGGAUUACUCGGCGUAUUUCGCCGCCUGUCUUCUUCAUCAGGAGGCGGUCCCCUUGGCCCCACCGGCAAGAUGAACCACGGCUUGGUGGAACGCCGCGUUUUGAAUGUGGAUCGUGGUCGAGAGAGGUGUCCUAUUUCGGAGUUGAAGGAGAACAAGCUGAGACGGGUGUCUUUCCUCGUUGAUGUCGAGGUUGCACCAAUGCCAAAGUAUGCGGAUGCCGAAGCAGAGCCUAAACUAACGGCCGACCAUGCUCAGAAGAAAAAGCUGAGCGAAAAGGGCGAAGGGGAGGCAUUGAAGCAUCCCAAAACUGCCGAGGCGCAAAAAGAAGCAUCUUCCUCCUCAACAGAGAGUGUCACAUCUGAGGCCAAAACUCGCGAAGCAGCCGAGACCAAGGAAACCAAGCCGACGACCAAUGGCGCAAAGGAGACGGACAGCCCAGACGACUCAAAUGCCCCUCCAAAGGACACAACAAGAAAGAAGGAGAAGAAGAAGCGAAGCGAAGAAGAACGCAAAGCUAGAAAAGAAAAGAGGCGGCGACUUGCCGAGGAAAACGGAAGCAUUCCCAUAGAGAUUCAUUACGACACCGCUGGCUCUUUAGAGUUGCUCAAUGGCAAGUAUUCGACGACAUGCCCGGUCAGAGUCUAUCGCAGAUGUUGUCAACUUCGCGAAACGCCCAUUCUUAAGAAAAUCACUGAGCAGUUGAGCGAUGCCAACAAUGUUACGCCCAACGGCUGUGUGAACAAGAUAGAUUUAACAGGCUACUUCAUGCAGCUGCAGGAUCUCAUUACACUGGGCGAUUAUCUUGCUGUUGUUCCUGUGAAAGAAAUUAUUCUGCAAAACAGCGGCCUUAGCGAUGAAGGCGUUCGAGUCAUCCUUGCUGGCCUCUUGGCAGCGAAAAACGCAGAACCGUCGAAGCGCAGGAAAUCGAAAUUUCUCCCUCAGGAAAUGGGUGGAGUGAUCGAGAGACUUGUCCUGAAAGAAAACAAGCUAGGCCCGGAUGGCUGGAAGCACAUUUCGCUCUUCAUCUACAAGUGCCGGUCGCUCAAGUAUCUCGAUCUCUCCUGUAACCCCUUCCCACGCCAAGCGCCCGCCAAUGCAAACGGCGCUCUUCAGAACGGCGUCCAUCUGCCUCUAACCAUAGGAGACAUCUUUUCCAAGGCCCUCGCAAAUCGCCCAACUGGAUCGACUCUCGAGAUGCUUAGUAUCGGCGAGACCGAACCCAGCAUGGAGCAACUCGGCAAAGUCAUAGACGGUGUGAUUAAGUGUGGCAUCAAGCGGCUCGGCAUGGCUCGCAACCCGCUCGACGCAGAGGGUGCCCAGCAUGUGGUAAGAUAUCUGGAGUCUGGAAAAUGCGAAGGGCUUGAUCUAGGCGGGAUCGAUCUCAAGGAACACAUGGAUGUUAUUGCCUCGUCAAUCAAGGAAACGGACCCGCUAUGGGCGUUGAGCAUGUCUGACUGCAACAUCAAUCCCUCGACUCUGUGCAAGAUCUUGCCCAUUUUGGCCAAGCUAGAGCAUCUCGUCUUCAUUGACCUUUCGCACAACCAUGAUCUGUUCCAAUCAACACCCAAUGCCGUUGGUCUACUUAGAAGAUAUCUACCCAAAAUGCAAACUCUCAAACGGCUACACCUGUCUGAUGUCGGCAUGACCUCUGAGCAGGCCAUUGCAAUCGUCGAAGUUGUGCCAGAAGCUCAACACCUCUGCCACCUCAGUCUUCUUGGAAACACCGAGAUCAUGGCUCUGGCCAACGCCAAGACGGAGGAAGCGCAAGAGGAAGCCUGCGCGCUGUAUGCAUCGCUAAUGGCUGCCGCAAGGCUGUCUAAGAGCAUGAUAUGCGUGGAUAUCGAAGUUCCUAGUGAAGACUCUGGCGAAAUUGUCAAGGCGAUGGCAAAGCAAGUUGUGGCUUACUGCUUGCAGAACAUUGAACAUCUGCAUGAUGCCGAGAUUAACAAGGCGGUGACCGCGGCGCUCGCCGAGGCAAAGGGAGAGCCUGUCGAUACCAAACUCGCCUCCUAUCCUGAUGUGCUCGCACAUAUUGUCGGCCAAGAUGUCCUCUUCCAAGAUGAUCUGGAAGACGACGGUUCAGGACCGGACGAAGACUACGUCAUCGGCGGUACAGGCGUGGUCAAAGCACUUGCUUGCUGCCUCAAGAACCGCGGCGAUGAAUCCCGCCGGGCGUCUGGUGAAUUCCUACGGGAACUCAGCUCUACGGACGAAGAACCCUUUAUUGGGCCCAAACUUAAGACUGGUGGCAAGGCCAAGGAUUUCUCGAAACACUUGCUUGCCGGCGCUCGCAAGAUCCGUCUUCGUCUCCAGCCGGCAUUGAAUAAAGCCAGAAGCAACCCGAGUGAUGAGCUGAACCUGCGGAAGCUGACGUUCCUGGACGAUACGCUGCAAGGUAUCAUCAAACGAUUUGAGGAUGAGUAUCCCGACACUCGCGAGCAUCCCGAGGACGCAGUACCCCAUGUACCGAUAGCUCAAGGGGAGAAGGAGGUAUUAUCAUCGUCGCCACCUGCUGGAGACGAUGCGGUGGCAGUUGGCUCAGACGUCGAGGAAGAGGGCGAACUUCGUGAGCCUAGACCCCUCUCGCGUAGCAACUCCAUACUGGGCAGGAAGCUGGCCGAGGAAGAAGGUCGCGUGCACCGUGUCGGUCACAGAUUCCGAUCCGGUAUUACCGACCAUGUCAACCUUCUCUCCACCCUCGACGACGUGGAAAACGAUCCCAACCACGUCCGUGUGCUGGCCGAUCUUGCAGACGAUGUUGGUGGUGAGUUCCUGGAACUAGCCAAGCAGAAGGGCGCCGUUCAGGCAUUCAAGGACCACAAGGAUAUGCUGUUUGCGGCAUUGAAGGAGAGCGACCCCGAAUACUGGGACAGAUUUGUGGAAGCGCAAGGCAAGGCUCGAGCCAACAUCAACUUGCCAGGUACCGAAAAGAAUGGAGAGAAGCCACAGCUGGCUCGAGAUAACGACAGCGCCAUUGCAGACUAA